AUGGGGCCCCCGGGCAAUAGGGGAUCAUGGGGCCCCUGUGUCCUUGCCCAAACUCAAAAAAGCCUCAAAAACACUAUUUAAUAUGUAAUGUUUAAAGCAAACACCCCCAUCCAUCCAUAUCUCCAUGCUUUAUUUCGCUUAGAAAUCACUUAGAAAAACACCCCCUAGCAGGGGCGGACUGACAACUCAUGGGGCCCCCGGGCAAUAGGGGAUCAUGGGGCCCCUGUGUCCUUGCCCAAAACUCAAAAAAGCCUAUGAAAAAGGUACCAGGGGCAUCUCAUGGGGCCCCCUACUGACCCCGGGCCCUCGGGCAGUGCCCGAGUUUCCAAAUGGUCAGUCCACCCCUGCCCCC